AUGCGUCUUCCAUAUGCCUCUCGUCGUGCAUUAAAAGACACCGGAGCACCAUUGGCGUUGUUCUUCCGCAAUGGUCCACGACGUUCGUUGCAUGAUCGCGCUCGCAUGUUCGACGCCGCGGUCAUAGGUGGUGGAAUCACCGGUCUGACAGCAGCGUAUCGACUUUCUCAAGACCCAUUAUGCUCCAAGAUUACGCUCUACGAGAAGGCGCCCCGUGUGGGCGGCUGGCUCCAAUCCGAAACAAUCAACGUCGAUGGGGGUCAGGUUGUCUUCGAGUAUGGCCCCCGCACAUUACGACUCAGCCCUUCCUCACUUCCACUCUUGGAUUUGUUAGCCGACUUAGACUUAGAAGAUGAUAUGCUCGUUACGUCGAAGGCGGCGCCCGCAGCCCGAAACCGCUAUAUCUACUAUCCCGAUCACCUUGUUCGCGUACCAGCGCCUCAGAAAGGUGCCAGUCCAAUAACUCAGAUUACAUCACUAUUGUCAACUCUAUUGCGGGAACCCCUCUUUGAGACUUUGCUGUGGAGCUUCAUUGCCGAGCCCUUUAAAGAACCUUUCACAGACAUGCCUGAAGACGAGUCAGUUAAAGAUUUCAUAUCGCGCCGGUGGAGUCCGGAAGUAGCGGACAAUCUGGUUUCUAGCAUGUACCAUGGUAUAUUGGCUGGCGAUAUCGACAAACUAAGUGCGGAAGCGCUCUUUGGUUCGAUUCGGCUUCAUGAGAAAAAGGGGAAGAGUGUGCUCGUUGCGGCCAUUGAAAACAUGAGGGCUGGCAGAAAGUUUGUCGCCACAGACGACGCAAUAUCUGCGCUUAUAAUAGGCAAGAAAAAGCCGCUAGGAUACAUAAGCAGCCUGGAAGAUCUUGCGCGAAGCGGCAGUACCUUAACUUUGAGACAUGGUGUUGGCCAACUCGCAGACACUCUAGUCACGGCCCUGAAACGAUCCAAUAAAGUGCAAGUUUUGACAAAUGCGAACGUGACAAGUAUUCGCCAGAGUCCCCAGAACCCCAGGCUCACGGUUGAUUGUGAUGGUAAAUCACACUGGCAUGACCGUCUCAUUGCCACCAACUCAGCACCUAGCCUUGCGACACAACUCCAAUACAAUGGUCGAGACAAGAACGCAAAGAAACCUACUCGCACAAUCGAUGCGCUGAAAGCGCACAACUACGCAGUGACUACUAUGGUCGUCAACCUUUACUACCCGGAUCCCGAUCUGUUGCCUGUCAGAGGCUUCGGAUACUUGAUUCCCAAGACGAUACCUUAUGCUCAGAACCCCGAGAGAGCGCUAGGCGUGAUCUUCGCGUCGGAAUCUAGCGUGGGCCAGGAUACAGCUCCUGGCACAAAACUUACGAUCAUGAUGGGCGGCCAUUAUUGGGAUGGCUGGAAGGAGUCGGAUUACCCCGACCACGACACCGCGGUUGCGAUGGCUCAAUCCUUGCUCGAACGACACCUCGGCAUUACAAACUCUCCUACUGUGGCCCGCUCUCGAUUGCAGCGCGAGGCCAUUCCACAGCCCACCGUUGGACAUGUCGAGCGUAUCAAGUACCUUUCACGUGCGAUCAAGGAUGAAUUCGACCAGCGCGUCACUCUUGCUGGGGCUUGGUAUACAAUGGGCGGCACUGGCGUAGUGGACAGCGUCCGUCAGGCUUAUCUCGCUGCAGCAUACGGCGUCAGGCCUUUUAACCCUGACGAAACGCGCCCUGUACCUGCGCCAAUGCACUGGGAACAGGAGGGCGGCAUUAUUACUGCUCACGAUCGUGUGGUCGCUUUGGAAAAUGUGACAAAAUGA